AUGCCUCACCUGCGCCGACAGCCAAAUCCCCACGACCAUCACGCAAACCAAGGACCCGACGGCCUGGGCAGCCUCCGGGCCCAAUUCCAGACUCCUCCCGCGCGGCACACGCCCUCCAACCCAACCUACCGCCACCCGCCGUCAACGGGUCCGAAUGGUCUAACACCCGAACCAGCGGCCGUGAUGGCUCCGCCAGCGUCGCUCAGAAACCCUUUCGCCAUAUUCGGGCGGGAUAGAGACCAGAAUCGACCUGAAACACCGGCGCCACUGCCAGAAGAAGAACGUGUCGAGGAGUUCUUCGAAGACUUUGCUGAAGACCCGCAGGAGAUGGAGGAUGCUGCCGCUGAAGAAGAAGAGCAACAGGAGGAUUCAGAUGACGAAAGCUCGGUGUGGAUUGAUCCAGACGAAGAGGAGGCUCGACGUGCAUUGGAAUCAGGUGAAAUUCAUGAGUCCGAGUUUGAGGAGUCGGAGGACGACGAGGACUACGAAGACGUGGACGUGGACGAGGAAAUGCACGAUCGAGAGAAAUCCUCUUCCCCUCUCCCUCCCAACCUCCGCGAAAUCUCGUCUCUCGCGUCCUGGACUGUCUCUACUUCCAAGCCUGGCUGUGGUGUUUCUGCCCUUCGAAACCCUUCGCCAAUGCAGUACUGGCAAUCCGAUGGUCCACAACCACAUACCCUUACGCUACAUUUCUUCAAACUAGUCGCCGUGGUGCGCAUUCGGGUAUACCUCGACUUCGAAUUGGAUGAGAGCUACACCCCAACCAAAAUGGUAUUCCUCGCUGGCAUGGGUGGGAAUGACCUCGUCGAGUUUGCAACGUGGGAAGGUGACGGGCCGUGUGGCUGGGUCGACGUCCCCCUGACCGGAGUCGGAGGUCGAAACGGAGGCUGGGUGCGCGAAGAUGAAAUGACGCACAACCGCCGGUCGAUGAGCGCGCAGCAACGGUCUCAGGACGGCCCUACAAGGCAGGGGCCUGUAAACGAGAAGAACAUCGACCGACAGGGACAAUCCGUGAAAACCCCCAACGAUAUCUACAAUGGAAAUGUACUCAAGGCCAUGGUGAUUCAGAUGCGCGUGAUGGAGAACCAUCAGAAUGGCAAAGACACUCAUGUACGCGGGUUUCAGGUUUUCGCAUGCGAUGACAGCCGGCGUCGUAUGGCUGUCGCGCCGUCUGCUUCCGCGGAUGGCCGUCCUGGUCAGGCCGAUGCAUCUCGGCCCUCAAGCCAGGGGACAGAUGCUGCACGGACUAGCGUGAUGGCUGCUUAUGGACUGGAACAGCCAGACUGGAUGGGUGAGCCAGUCAUCCGGUGA